AUGGUCAAGUCAUCACGUAUCUACCUCCUCUCAACCUUUGGCGUCGCUGCAAGCGCUACGGAUGUGCUCGUGCCCAAGCAUCUUCCUUUUCGUUAUCUUUUGCGCGAUGCCUAUGCAUACUCUCUUGAGCCCGUGUGGACCGAGGACUACAUCUCUUCCAACUUGACUCGCAACCUCAUGAAUGUUAUCGCAGACAUCACUGGCAAGCCUCCAGCAUUUCGUGUAGGUGGAACAACUGGCGACCUGACAUACUACCACCCUGAGUUGAACGUCUCGGCUGUUGCAUUACCAAAUACGACAGUCACAAACACUUUUAACAUCAGUAAUGCGUGGUUCGAGCAAUGGAGCAUUUACUUUCCUGAAGGCACAGACUUUCUGUACACAUUAAAUCUCAGGGACAACUCAAGCGCAUGGCAGAAUGCCGUCCAGGAAGCUGCAGCAGCUCACAGCGUUCUCGGCGACAAGCUCAAGCUGUUCGAGAUAGGCAACGAGAUCGAUCACUUUAUCAACAAAGGCUGGCGACCACCCACCUGGGAUGUCACCAUGUACAUUCAGCAAUGGCGAAACAUCUCUGACCAGAUCGUUCAAUCUCCUUGGUAUAAAGCAGCAGAUCACCAUCCAAAGUUUCAAGCUGCUGUUUUUGCUGAUCCCCCGUGGGUACCCGAUCAACAAGACGAGAUCGAUGAUUUCGACAUCAUCAAUCUGACUCGUGCUGGGUUGACCGAGCACGAGAAGAUCGAUACAUAUUCAGUCCAUUUAUACCCUCAAUCAACUUGCGAUACAGCACGCUGGUACAGACUGAGUCUAGAUCUGCUUUCAAAUCACAGCGUGCUCUGGCACAACGUGUCGCAAUACAUACCGCAAGUCGCAGCAGCGGACAAGGCAGGCAUACCUCUUGUAUUUGGUGAAACCAAUUCAGCUUCAUGCUCUGGUCGCAGUGGUAUCAGCGACACUUUUGGCGCUGCUCUUUGGAGUGUCGACUAUGUCUUGCUAGCGGCCAGUAUCGGCAUGCCUAAAGUCUAUUUCCAUCUUGGUGCCAACGCUGAAUACUCUAGCUUUGUUCCCUUACCGUAUGAGCACAAGAACGAAAGCCUCCAAGCAGGUAUCAGAAGUCUGUACUAUGGCCAUUAUUUCAUAGCGCAUGUACUCGCCUCGGAGAAACAACAACGAAUAGCUCAGCUCCCUACUGCAAACACAUCCGACUUUAGCGGAUAUGCCAUCUACUCAGCUGGCAAUCGUUAUCACGAACAACUCAACAAAGUCGUCUUGAUCGAUCUACAAAUCUGGAACGGCACUCAGGGUCUUUCUAACCCUUCCACGCUCAGUACCACUGACUCGACAUACCACUCCGCGGGCCAACGUCCCGUUCGGGAGGUCUCCGUCACCACGUGUUGGCCUGCAGGCACUCGCCUCGGAGUAAUCCGUCUCCAGGCCCCAGGUACAAAUGCAAAGAGCGAGAUCAGCGUUUCCGGCGUCAGGUUUGACCCACAGACUGGAGCGCAGAUUGGAGCGCUCAAAACGGAAGAGAUUGUUGUAGGCGGAGAUGGCCGAGCUUGUCUUGAGAUGCAAGCGGCCGAGGCUGUGCUACUGCACAUAAAAUAG